AUGCAAAAUCUCACGAUUUUUCUUCUAAUCCUAGCGAAUUUCAUCGAUUUUACUGUUUCACGGACUUUUCUCUGGAUUCCGAAUAAUAACUUUCGACGACAGGAGAAUUGGAAAGAUCAGAGUUUCCCGUGUAACGAUGAUCGAAUUCUGAUCACAUCGAUGAACGAAAUGUCAGCGAUGAUCGAUGUGGAUAUUAAUGUCGAGGAAACGGUUUUCCCUGACAAUGGAGUGCUUUUCUUUGCCGAUCGUGUAAAGCUUCAACAGGGGAGACCAGGUUGGUUCGACAAGCAAAAGAGUUGCGAUACAGUGGUGGGAAGUGAUUACGAAACGAGAGAUUCGAGAGAUGCCUAUUUCGAGGAAACCGAUUUCCUGAGUGUCUACAACCCGAGCUCAUGGCAUUCAGAUGGUGACAGGAAUCUCCAUAUGAAUCUCGUCCCAUCGCAAAGGGAUGAUGUGCUCGUUGGAGACACGCUGGCGAUUCAGAUGAGCAUCGAGGACACGUGGAAUCUCCGAUCAUUGCAGAUGAAUGGACGGGUCAGUCAUUUUUCUUCU